CACCUCUGGCCUUCAACCAAGGAUAGGCGAGCUAUGCCAUGGAAAGGAAGAACGAGUUCCAAAAAAAGGGUGACACAAUACCGCACUCUUGGCUUGGCAGUUGCCAUGAAUCUCUGCCCCUCGACACCCGUGAGCUUGGUUUUUCCAGGUCUAGUGCUAGUCCAUUUGCCGUAGUUGAAUCGUUAUCAUGGCCAUAUAUCUGUCGAGAACUGGGAAUCGAUUGUGACAUGGUAAUGGUUUCUGUCGAUUUUUGAGGCCGACUUUUAGGUCGUAUCAUCACGAACCACAAGCCAAAAGCCCGGCCAAAACCCAACACGCCAUACACCACAAAGUGUAGCUUCGAAACCACAGCAUCCAAGGGGGCUACUAGAACUAUCUAGUUCUAGAGCCAACGGCAACAGCAAAAAAAAAAAAAAAAAAAAAAAACCAACCGCAAAAAUGGGCACACCAGGACCGAUACCCUCACCACGGACCAUGCUCGGCCCGCUGACGACGACGUGGCGACCGCCAGCCCUCUGCACGUACCCCAUGGCCAACUGCGACGAGGCGACGAGGUGCACCACGCUCUGGCAGGGCCAGUCCUGCAACCCGGACCGCAAGGCCCACGACUGGACCGACUGCUGGCCGCCCCGGACGAGCGGCGCUCCGUUCCCAGGCGUCAUGAUGGGCUGGGGCCUGUACAGCCCAGCGUACCAGUGCCCCGAGGGUUACACGACGGCCGCGAGCGCGGUGGAGGGCGGGCGCGCGGGUUGGGAUGUGCAGUUCAGCAUGGAGAGGGGCGAGACUGCGCUUGCUUGCUGUCCGAGUGGAUACACAAUAAGCACCAUCGUGGCAACCAGCACAACAGCCCAGACGUGCAUUGCGGUCGCGACAUCGUCGACAUUUUCAACGGUGCAGUGCGUAAACGGCGUCCUCAAAGACUACGGACAACUCACCGUCCCCGGCCGCGGUGUCGCUUCGACUUACACAUUGUUCGCGCCGCUGAUUCAACUCAACUACCGAGCUCAAGACCUUGCCAGCAGCGGUAGCGGCGCCGUUGCAGGAGGGUCCAGCAUUCCUUCGGAGACGGGGACGUCCACUCCUUUGCCUUCAAGCUCUGAUGGCAGUGCAAGCGGAAACAGCAGUAGCAGCGACAACAACAACAACAACAACCACAACAGCAGCGGUGAUCAGGGUGGCUUGACUCUGGGUACAAAAGUAGGCAUCGGGAUCGGCGCGGUCUUUGCGCUCGUGAUCACGGGCCUGCUGCUCUUCUUUAUGCGCCGUGCGCUUCAGAGGCGCAGGGCCAAUAAACCGAUUGGAGAGAUGCUGCCGGACGAGAAAAAGGGCAUCCCUGGACAGCCGGAGCUGGAGGGGGCCGAGAUAAACGAGCUGGAUGAUACAUCAAGACCGCAGGAGCUGUCGGCUGUUUGUGGUGAUGGUGGUGCUGUAGGUACAGCUACCGGCGGCUGGGGUUCGCGGAAGGAAGGGAUCCGGGCUGGGCGCGAUGAUGGUGUGGCACUAGGCUACAACAGCAAGGAAGAAACGGUUUUUGAGCUCGAGGGAAGCAGUGCGGCCACUUGGCGGCGAUGA